GGUUUGUUUUGUGACUUUAUUUUUGUUCUCCUGUCGAGACGAAUAAAGUAUAUCUCUGGAAAACAAGUGCUGGUCUAAUUAGGACAGCAAAGCAGUCUCUUACUUAGCGGCCACUUCUGUGACGAUGAAGUGGUCUCGGGCUAGAGAAUAAAUUCUUUGCAAAUGCUCGCUACUUUGUCCAGUUGUGUUGGCUGUAAGUUCCUUUCCAUGACUCCCACAAACCCCAGGAGACUGGGACGAAUACGGGAUGGUGGGAGUGUUUGUGUGGCUGGCAGGGCUCAGAGUACUGUGGGCAGGAGACGGGACUUAAUUGGAAGUUACCCCUCGGAAGGCUCUUGGCUCGGUUAAAAUGAAGGUGGACGUUGUCAUCGGGGUUGUGUUUCAGAUGACAGUUUACUCACCGUCGCUAAGUGCGGCACUCACAUCACCUGUCACCUGCUCUCUGCUGUGUCACCUGCUCCCCGGCUUGUGUUUUGUUUCUGUUGUCGUUUGUAAGUUGCCGCCUGGGUGAGCCGUUUCCUCCUGGGUCACUGAUGUCAGCGCCUGAGAAAUGUGCCCAGCCUGUUUCCGCGAGUGGGCCGACCCCGGUCUGCUUCUGACCGAGUGGAGGGAUGAGCCAGAGUGUGACUUCCUUGUCCUCCUGGCCCGAUGGCCCCCAUGUGGCCACCCGAUCCAAGCGAGGACUUUCCUGGCGUGGGCUUUCUUACUGCUCUGUGGCUGCUCUGACUGUGGGGACAGCCGGAUGGUACUUACUCUGGCUUUGACAUGGUGUCUGAUUUUCAUCCAGCUGGCGCAGGCCCAGAGCCUUGGUAAUGGAAACAAAGGAUAUGCUUUACAUUGUCACCGAAUUUGCAAAGAAUGGAGAGAUGUUUGAUUAUUUGACUUCCAAUGGGCACCUGAGCGAGGAUGAAGCGCGGAAGAAGUUCUGGCAGAUUCUGUCGGCCGUGGAGUACUGCCACAGCCACCACAUCGUGCACCGGGACCUCAAGACCGAGAAUCUGCUGCUGGACGGCAACAUGGACAUCAAGCUGGCAGACUUUGGAUUUGGAAACUUCUACAAGUCAGGAGAGCCUCUGUCUACCUGGUGUGGGAGCCCCCCCUACGCGGCGCCAGAAGUCUUUGAGGGGAAGGAGUACGAAGGCCCCCAGCUCGACAUCUGGAGCCUUGGCGUGGUGCUGUACGUGCUCGUCUGCGGGUCGCUCCCUUUCGAUGGGCCCAGCCUGCCGGCCCUGCGGCAGCGGGUGCUCGAGGGCCGGUUCCGGAUCCCCUUCUUCAUGUCUCGAGACUGUGAGACGCUGAUCCGCCGCAUGCUGGUGGUGGACCCUGCCAAGCGCAUCAGCAUCGCCCAGAUCCGGCAGCACCGGUGGAUGCAAGCCGACCCCACGCUGCCACACACUCGCCCCUCCAGCACACUCAGCUACAACUCCAACCUGGGCGACUACGACGAGCAGGUGCUGGGCAUCAUGCAGACCCUCGGGGUGGACCGGCAGAGGACCGUGGAGUCACUGCAGAACAGCAGCUACAAUCACUUCGCAGCCAUUUAUUACCUCCUCCUGGAGCGGCUGAAGGAGUACCGCAGUACCCCGCCGGCAGCCCGGCCGGGCCCUGCCCGGCAGCAGAGGCCCAGGAGCUUGGAUCACAGCAGUUUGGAGGUGCCUCAGGAAGUCCUCCCCGGUGAAGCGUUCCGGUCCUCGCUCCUGUGCCCACAGCCCCAGACCUUGGGGCAGUCUAUCCUGCAGGCCGAAAUGGACUGUGACCUGCACAGCUCGCUCCAGCCCUUGCUCUUCCCCGUGGACACCAACUGCAACGGCGUGUUCCGGCACCGCUCGGUCUCCCCCAGCAGCCUGCUGGACACGACCAUCAGUGAGGAGGUCAGGCAGGGCCAGGGCCUGAAGGAGGAGCCGGAGGCACAGAGACCCCUGCCCGGCAGCACGGUCCGGAGGCACACGCUGGCCGAGGUCUCCAACUUCUCCCCAAGUAUCCCUCCAUGCAUAGUCAUCUCCUCGUCGGCGAGCCCUUCAGAAGGCACCAGCUCCGACAGCUGUCUGACCUUCUCGGCGGGGGAGAGCCCGGCGGGGCUGAGUGGAUGCCUGGCUGCUCAGGGGCUGGUGGGCACCUGCUCCCCACUCAAACUGGCCUCACCGCUGCUGGGGGCCCAGUCUGCCACCCCGGUGCUGCAGGCGCAGGGGGCCCUGGGCGGAGCUGCCCUGCUCCCCGUCAGCUUCCAGGAAGGCCGGAGGGCUUCGGACACCUCACUCACUCAAGGCCUGAAAGCCUUUCGGCAGCAGCUGCGGAAGAACGCAAGGACCAAAGGGUUUUUGGGCCUGAACAAGAUCAAGGGGCUGGCUCGCCAGGUGUGCCAGCCUUCUUCCAGCCGGGCCGCUCGGGGAGGCCUGAGCGCCUUCCAGCUGCCCGCUCAGAGCCCGGGCCUGCAUGGCAGCGGGGCCAGCAGCCGGGAGGGCAGGAGCCUGCUGGAGGAGGUGCUGCACCAGCAAAGGUUGCUGCAGUUACAGCACCACCCAGCAGCCCCGCCGAGUUGCCAGCAGGCUCCCCAGCUGCCCCCAGUCCCACUGGUCCUGGCCCCCUGUGACAGUGCCCUCCUUGUGUCGGGACUCCAGAAGGAGCUGGGGCUGGGGCCUGGCCUGCUGCUGCCACCGCACCUCCUCCAGGCCGGGGUCUCCCCGGUAUCCUCGGCGGCCCACCUCUUGGACACCCACCUGCACAUCAGCACUGCCACGGCACCCCUCCCUGCCGCCGCACCCCUGCAGCCACACUUCGCCAUGCUGCCCCCGGGCUUUGACCCCAUGGGGCUGCCGCAGGGGGACUGUGAGAUGGAGGACCUGACCUCAGGCCAGCUGGGCACGUUUGUCCUGGUGCAGUGAGGGCCACCACGCCACCCUCCUCCCGCAUGGGCUGCCGACUCCUCGAAGCAAUAACCUCAGAGUAUGUGAAGGCGAUUCCGGACUCAAAGCCAAUAACUUCCGAGAAGCAAAACAAGCAAUACGUUUGGUGUUUUGGCUUUUUUAAUUUUUGUUUUAUUUUCUCCUUGCACUGAACAGCUGCUGCUGUGAGUAGGGACUGGAAAGUUUCUGAAGAAAAAUAAUAAUUGAGGGUGUGUUGUGGGGGUGGGUGGACAGGAGGGAGAAAGAGGGAAGCGACAAAACAGGACAGGGCUGGCCCCGCUCACAGGCAGGCCAGCGCCACUGUGGGUCAGAUGGCAGCAGGAGGGGACCAUCAGCUCCCUCGUCCAUGGGCGCGUCGGGUCAUGGAGGGCAUUGCCGUGGACAAAGCUGCGUGAGCCAUAUGCCGUGGGAGCAAGUGUGUGCGCAUCCACCACAUGUGUGCACGUGCGGGGUUGAGCAGCAUCUGUUUCUAAUGGACAGUCCUCCACUUCCUGAAACAUUUAUGCUUCGGAUGAAAGCUGUGAACUUUGUGCUUUAUACAUGUUUUUAAAAAGCUCUAAUGGCCAGCCCAGGAGAAGAUAAUCUGCAAAUUCUUGGAAUUCUCUCCCCCGAGGUCAAAACACAGAGGAUCCCGUUUUCCUGGUUUGGACGGGGGUUUUACGAACUGCCCGGUGGUCGGUUCCAGGAGUCCUCGGAACCUCCUGCCGCACAUCUUAUUUCCGCUGCUAAUUACGUUUUUACGCAUUUCAUUAUCAGGGUCCAAAAAGAACAACCGACGGGGGGAUGUGCAAUAGAGCGAAGCUGGGACGGGCAGGAGCGGUGACUGCCUGCACUCACGGCCCACCUUCCCCAGGCCCGGACCGGUUAGGCCUUUGUUCAAGAACAUGAACUGAGAGGUCAGGUCAUUGUUGUUCAAGCUUUGUUCCUUUUUAAGCAGAUACUGUAUAUGUGUAUAAAUAGACAGACACUACUUAUUUUUUAUAUUUUUUACUACACCUUUGUGUUCCUGGUUUCAGUUCCCCUCUGGCAAUGUUACAAAGUGCUACCCAGAUCCGUGUGGAGGAGGGAGGCAGGUUGCCCUUACCUGGCAGGUAGACCAGGUGGUGGCUCAGGUGGCGCGGGCUCCCUCUGCCGCGUGCUCCCUCCGCCUGGUCAGCACUGGUCCUUCCCCCCCAGGUGCCUUCAGCUCCCUUGGCUCUCACCCUCAGUAUUAACAGGUAAUGACGGCAGGGGAAGGUCGGCAUUUAUAAAGCCAAAGAUCACCGGAGUUUCUGGAGGGGAGGGGGAGGUGGUGGCUCAGAGAGGACACGGCCCCUGCUGGCCUUGGGUCUGCCCAGCUUGCUGCUUACCGUCCUCCUGCCACCACUGCUGCUGCUCUGUGGCUGCUUCAAUGAUUGGGCAAAGGCCUGUCCUUGCGCCUGGCCACGGAGAACUCCCCGAGGCCUCUGCUGGCUGGUAAGGUUGGGGACUGAGAGGGCCUGGGGUCGUGGGCCUUGGCCUCCUCACAGACAGCAGCACGUGGAGUCCAGCACAGAACCAGUCUCCCUUUUGAAGAUCAGUUCUGUUCUAACCCAGAGAUCAAAGGCCUCAGAACAAUGACAAGCACUUUACUGUCACCGUGGUUUUCUUUCUCGUUGCUGUCAGUCCAGGUGUAUGUCUUGUUUCAGUGUGUGUGACGUGUGUUUUAUAGGUUUCUUCACAGUGCUGUUCCCGAAUGAAUGCAGUAGCCUGUUCAAAGGCACUAUGUGAUCUGUUUAAGAUGUAUAUGGUUUGGUGGUGUGUUUUUUUUCUUGGUUUUUUUUUUUUUUUACUAUAACUGAAUUAUUUUGUUUCUUAUGUUAACAUGACAAAUGUAUGCCAAAUGAUUAGUGGAUGUAUGUUUUUUAAUUUAAUAUUUAAAUAAAAUAUUGGGGGGAAAA